AUUCUUGCAGCAGCAACAGCAGCGGGUGGUGCUGGUGACAGCCCCCCCUCCUCCUCCCGCCGGGGCUGCCACUGCAGUGAGUGUCUGGCGGUGGCAGGUGGUGGAGGAAUCCCCCCGGGCGGAGAAGAGGAAAAGGAGGAGGAGGGAAGAGGAGAAGCGCGCGCCCCCGUGGCUGGCAGCGCCACCAGCAGCAGAGGCGGCGGCGGCGGCACGCGCAGCUCCUGGGAUUCUCUCUCUCCCUCCCCCCCCCCCCGCCACGCGCCUGCUCCUCGCGCGCUUUUCUUCUCCUCCUCACGCUGCAGCUCGCUUUCUCUCUCUCUCUCUCGCCCCCCCAACCCUCCCGCCUUUUCCAGGUGACGUGAUGCCCGUUGUUUUGGUGCGCCCGACCAAUCGGACUCGGCGCCUGGAUUCUACGGGAGCCGCGAUGGGCCCGUCGUGGCGGCAACAGGACUCCCCUCUGCCGACCAUAACGCAUUGCGCAGGGUGCACCACCGCCUGGUCCUCCUGCAGCUUUAACAGCUCUGACAUGGAAACACCAUUGCAGUUCCAGCCGGGCUUCUGCUCAGAGCAGCAGCAGCAGCGCCCACACCCGCAUUGCCAGCAACAGCAGCAGCAGCAGCAGCGCCACGCUCAAGACAAGCAGCAGCAGCAGCAGCGCAGCCCGUGCCUCCAGUGCAACAACUGCUGCGCUGCUCACUACGGCGCUGCGUCGGGCGCGGGAGAUAACCUGCCGCUGCUGCUCCGCACUUCGUCGCCCCUUUCGGCGGCGGGCGCCUUCCGGGCGCGCUCGUCGACGCCGCUCUCGUGCUCCGCAGCCUCGUCGCGCCCGGGCAGCCAGCUCAACGUGAGCGAGCUGACCCCUUCCAGCCAUGCCAGUGCGCCCAGGCAGCCCCACCACUACGCCCAGCCCCAGCCCCACCACCACCACUCCCACUACUACCAGCCGUGCCAUAGCGUCCAGCCGCAGCAGCAGCAGCAGCCGGCGGGAAGCCCCAGCAGCAGCGUCGGCAGCGCAGGCAGCCACAGCCACCCUCCCAGCAGCCACCCAGCAGCGUCCCAGCAGCGGCGGGAAAGCAACCCCUUCACGGAAAUAGCCAUGAGCAGCUGCAGAUACAACGGCGGCGUCAUGCGUCCUCUCAGCAACCUCAGCUCGUCCCGCAGGAACCUGCACGAGCUCGACUCCGAGUCGCAGCCGCUGCAGCCUCACCAGCCGCCGCCGCCGCCUCCCUCACACGCCAGUCCCAGCGCUUCGGCUGCCGCUGCUGCCGCCGCCGCUUCCUCGGCCAGCGGCGCCGGCCCGGAGAUCGUGGUGUCCAAGCCCGAGCACAACAACUCCAACAACUUGGCGCUCUACGGAUCCUCAGGCGGCGGCGGCGGAGGAGGAGGUGGAGGAGGCAGCCAGACCAACAGCGGCGGCGGCGGCAGCAAGUCGAGCAAGAAGAAGAACCAGAACAUCGGCUACAAGUUGGGACACCGGCGCGCGCUCUUCGAGAAGCGCAAGCGCCUCAGCGACUACGCGCUCAUCUUCGGCAUGUUCGGCAUCGUGGUCAUGGUCAUCGAGACCGAGCUGUCGUGGGGCGCCUACACCAAGGAGUCGCUGUAUUCAUUAGCCCUAAAAUGCCUUAUUAGCCUCUCUACAAUCAUUCUGCUUGGUCUGAUUAUUGUAUACCACGCAAGGGAAAUUCAGCUGUUCAUGGUGGACAAUGGAGCAGAUGAUUGGAGAAUAGCCAUGACUUAUGAGCGCAUUUUCUUCAUCUGCCUGGAAAUCUUGGUGUGUGCUAUACAUCCUAUCCCUGGCAACUAUACAUUCACAUGGACAGCUCGGCUUGCCUUUUCCUAUACGCCAUCUACAACAAUAGCUGAUGUGGAUAUAAUUUUAUCCAUACCAAUGUUCUUAAGACUAUAUCUUAUUGCCAGAGUUAUGCUUUUGCAUAGCAAACUUUUCACUGAUGCCUCAUCCAGAAGCAUUGGAGCACUAAAUAAGAUAAACUUCAAUACUCGUUUUGUUAUGAAGACUUUAAUGACAAUAUGUCCAGGAACUGUACUCUUGGUUUUUAGUAUCUCCUUGUGGAUAAUUGCUGCAUGGACUGUCAGAGCUUGCGAAAGGUAUCAUGACCAACAGGAUGUUACUAGCAACUUCCUUGGAGCAAUGUGGUUGAUUUCAAUAACUUUUCUCUCCAUUGGAUAUGGUGAUAUGGUACCUAACACAUACUGUGGGAAAGGAGUCUGCUUGCUUACUGGAAUAAUGGGUGCUGGUUGCACUGCACUGGUGGUAGCUGUGGUAGCAAGGAAAUUAGAACUUACCAAAGCUGAAAAACAUGUGCAUAAUUUCAUGAUGGAUACCCAGCUAACUAAAAGAGUGAAAAAUGCAGCUGCCAAUGUACUCAGGGAAACAUGGUUAAUUUAUAAAAAUACAAAGCUGGUGAAAAAGAUAGACCAUGCAAAAGUAAGGAAACAUCAGCGCAAAUUCUUGCAAGCUAUUCACCAAUUAAGAAGUGUUAAAAUGGAACAGAGGAAAUUGAACGAUCAGGCAAACACUUUGGUGGACUUGGCAAAGACUCAAAACAUCAUGUAUGAUAUGAUUUCUGACUUAAACGAAAGAAGCGAAGACUUUGAGAAGAGGAUUGUUACUUUGGAAACAAAAUUGGAAACAUUAAUUGGUAGCAUUCAAGCCCUCCCUGGACUGAUUAGCCAAACAAUCAGCCAACAACAAAGGGAUUUCCUUGAAGCUCAGAUACAAAACUAUGAUAAGCAUGUGACCUACAGUGCAGAACGAUCGAGGUCCUUGUCUCGGAGAAGGAGGUCGUCCUCCACAGCACCACCCACUUCAUCAGAGAGUAGCUAGAAGAGAAUAAUAUAACCACAAAAUAAAGACUUUUUGCCAUCAUAUGGUCAAUAUUUUAGCUUUUAUUGUAAAGCCUUAUGGUUCUAAUCAGUGUUAUCUGGGUUCUGAUGUCAGAAUUCUGGAAACCUGAACACAAAGUUUUAGGCCAAAAUGAGUGAAAACUCUCUCUCUCUUUUUUCCUUUCAGAUGCACAGUGAAUGCACCUAUUAUUGCUAUAUAGAUUGUUCCUCCUGUAAUUUCACUAACUUUUUAUUCAUGCACUUCCAACAAACUUUACUACUACAAUAUACAAUAUAAUAAAAGGGUUAAUUUCUGCA